AUGUCAGGCCGAUCAAGAGCCUCCUCGCCUCGUUCUUCCAUUCCCUGCUCCCCCUCCUCCGUGUCCCCGGCUGUUUCUCUGGCCUCUGGCUUUCCCUCGGAUGACCCCGACGGGCCCUUAUACUUGCCUCGCCAACUGAGGCCGCGAACGCCUACUCCCUCCCCGCCCCGCUUCCCUAUCCUACCUUCCCCACCCGAUUCCCUACGCGUCUUCCUCUACUUGCUUGCUUUUCGACUUUUAAAUGCCUUGACUACCCGCACCUUCUUCCAACCCGAUGAAUACUUUCAGUCUUUGGAACCGGCCUGGCAGGCGGCCUUUGGCGAAAACCACGGAGCUUGGAUCACCUGGGUGAGCUUUCCCCCCCUUCCCUUUCUUUGUCUUCCGCUAUUGGCGGAACGCGUCUGCACCUUUACGGCAUCGCUCCCCUUGGAGUGGCGGCACCAGUUGAGAUCCUCGCUUCACCCUCUCUUCUUUACCGCUGUUUAUUCCGCUGCCAACGGGCUCGCUCGUGCUUUGCACCUCUCCCCUGCAUGGCAGGCGGAUCUUCUCAUUGCCGCUCCGAAGACGGCGCAGGCCGUUAUCGCAGCCCUCGGAGACUACUAUACCUGGAAGCUGGCUCGCUGUGCCUAUGGUCUAGCCAGUGCAGAGGCCUCAGCUGCGCUGGCGCUGACCGCCCUUAGCCCUUGGCAAUGGUUUUGUUCUACCAGAACUUUGUCCAAUUGCCUUGAAACAACGCUCACCGUUAUCGCUCUAUAUCUGUGGCCGUGGGAAUGGUCGGUGGCUCCGAAAGCCCCUAUACAAGCCAAACCGACUGGCCGGGUAAUCACCACGCCCUGGGAUAAGAUGAGAGAGGGCCAACGGCAUCAGCAUGAUGAAGUGGUUCUCGGAAGGCUGAGGCAGUGUCUCCCGCUUGCAGCCCUGGCCUGUAUUUUGCGGCCCACAAACGUCUUGGUUUGGCUGAUCCUAGCAAGCGUCAUAUUGCAUCGCAGCACCUGGGCGCGAAGAAAACUUUUAGCUCGCGAAGCUGCAAUUUGGGGCGCCGCUGUCCUAGCCGUAUCGAUCGUGGCAGAUCGACUGUUCUACGGAAUUUGGACCUUUCCUCCUUUACGAUUCCUCUACUUCAAUAUUGCCCAGUCUCUGGCUGUUUUCUACGGGCGCAACGAUUGGCAUUACUACCUCUCCCAAGGCUAUCCUCUGUUGCUGACAACUGCGCUCCCGUUCACCUUUGUGGGCCUGUAUCGUGUUUGGGCACGCUCGCAGGCAGCCGCUAGCCAUGACCUCCAAGUUGAAACGCAGACUCAACUGCAAACUCAACUGACUUACGUGUGCCUUUCCAUGCCGCUUGUGCUCUCAUUGAUUUCCCACAAGGAAGUGCGGUUCAUCUAUCCAUUGCUGCCAGCGCUACAUGUUUUGACCUCUCCAGUCUUAGUGGACUUCUUUGGCCUUGCCGUGACUCAGUCGGUUGGCAGGCACAUUCCUCGCCGACUGCUUUUAGUGUUUCUUGUGUUGUGCAACGUUGUCAUUGGGCUCUACACCACAGUCUAUCAUGCGUCUGGGCCGAAUGCUGUGUUUUCAUACCUGAGAGACCAACGGCGAGUCCAUGGUUCCAAGAACCUGAGUAACAUCAAUGAGCCCGGCAUUAUUGCCGGUUUCCUCAUGCCAUGCCACAGCACCCCGUGGCGUUCUCAUAUGGUUUAUCCCUCCAUCGAUGCCUGGGCGCUUUCUUGCGAGCCUCCCAUUGGAAUGAAUGCUACCGAAAAGGCGGAGUAUCGUGACGAAGCCGAUCAGUUCUAUGACGAUCCCUCCGGAUUCCUGCGUGCCAACAUGGCCGGCGGAUUGAGCUACUUUCCCCGGCGACCAAGCUACCAGUCCCACUUGGAACGGUCCCGAUCAUCUCUACGAUCCGAGGCUACCCCCAAGCACAACUGGCCGGACUACCUCAUCUUCUUCGCCCAAAUGGAACCCACGCUCAAGAAACUGCUCCGUGGUUCUUCUUACGGCGAAUGCUGGCGCACUCACAAUACCGAUUGGCACGACGACUGGCGUCGUCAGGGCGAUAUCGUGGUCUGGUGUCUAGACACAACCGAACAGCUGGAUUGGAGGACCGCGAAACGCUCUCGCCAACUCCAACAGCGCGGUCGGGUCUUCAACCGCAUCGUUCAGGCCAUCAAGAAUCAGGGCCAGGGCGACAGACUCCAGUGGUCGUUCCCCUGGAUCUCCUCGCGUCCCCAGUCCUCUUCCUGGUCAUGGCUGUGGCCGUGGUACCGGCGGCCCAAGCAUACCGUGCUUGGAUUUGAGGUUCCAGACUGGCUGGAUCGCCUCUGGGAUUAUGUCUGGUAAGGAUUUUGACUACGCAACACCCGUUCUCUCCUUCGCAUUUCGUACGCAUGUACCCAAACUGUAUACCCAUCUCUUCUUUGUCAUUCUUCACAAUCUCUCUAUAUGUGUCUAUAAUCUGGCUCAUGCUUGAGGUGUUCCCAGUCUGAUUACGCUCGCUGCCACUGUAUCUUUUUUUCCGCGAUUCUGCUCACGGUUGCAC